GAUAACCGUUUGGAACUCACACAACGCAAGGCGCCUUCGAGGAGGAGAGGAGAGGCGAGAGAGACAUGGACGGAGGCGACGACGGCAUCGAUCCCUCCGCCGGAGCCGCGUCGGACCUCGACAUGGCCCUCGAUCUCGACCUCGACCGCGGUGCAUCCCAGUGCCGCUCUCGCUCCGCCCGCUUCCAGCCGAAGAUGAAGGGCAAAGUCAAGAUCGAGCCCCCAACCCGGGUUAAGCCCGACCCCGACACCGGCCCUCCUGCCCCAGACCCCGUCAAGGAGGAUCCUGGACUUGGCUCUUCGUCUCAAGGUCCCUCGUCAUCCCGACCGGACGCUGAGGUCGCAGCGAGCUGUGCGAUGGACGUCGAUGGAGGUUUCGAGGAGGAAGUGGAAGAGGAGGAUCCUGUGGUUCGCGAGAUUGACGUAUUCUAUUCUCCAGCUCCUCUCGAUGUGGAUUCCUAUCUAUAUAUUUUGCAGUAUGUACAUAGACCUUCUUGGAGACCAUACGAAUUGAAUGAAAGAUGUGAAAAGGUUCGAGUGAAGCCAACAAAAUCAAAGAUUGAGAUAGAUUUGAGUCUGGAUGUUGAUAGUGAGAACUAUGACCAAGAUGUUUCUGGUCCCCGUAGGUUAGAGAAGCAGAUUUUGUCUUCAUCACUGACACCUUCAUUAGCUAGUUAUGCUAUUGGGAUUUUGGAUGGAAACCAGCUAUAUAUUUUGCAGUAUGUACUUAGACCUUCUUGGAGACCAUACGAAUUGAAUGAAAGAUGUGAAAAGGUUAGAGUGAAGCCAACAAAAUCAAAGAUUGAGAUAGAUUUGAGUCUGGAUAUUGAUAGUGAGAACUAUGACCAAGAUGUUUCUGGUCCCCUAAGGUUAGAGAAGCAGAUUUUGUCUUCAUCACUGACACCUUCAUUAGCUAGUUAUGCUAUUGGGAUUUUGGAUGGAAACCAGUUACACUUAAAUCCUGUCCAUGCAGUUGUCCAACUUCGUCCGUCAAUGACACACUUAAAUCCUGAGAUGAAAGAAAAUGCGCAGACUGCCGAAUCAAGUACAAAAUCUGACACCAAUGCUGUUGAUUCACCUGGGUUAUCCAUCAAGCAGGAAAGGUUUGGCCAUGCCAGUUUAAAUAAAGGAGAAAAUGAUGAGCCAUGGGUGUCACUAGAAUAUCAUCCAAUUGAUAGCCACCUUACAGAAAGAUACCAUCAGAAAAUGAUUUCAGAAGAUCAUCGUCAAAUUCCUUUUAUGAUGAAACCAUCUAAUUACGCCGACUUAUUGUACCCUGGAACAUCAACAAACAGUAAGACAACAAAAGUUUCUUCAUUAAGGUUCUUGCUCUCACUCCCCUUGGAAGAGCGGUUGAAGAAAUGGCUUUCUGAGGUUUCUCAGGUGAAUAAUUUUAAUGCACUCAUGGAUCUUGCUCCAGAUAACUCAAAAGAAGAUGUUCUGAAAGUGCUGCUGCAUUAUGCAGAUUUGGUUCAAGGAUUGUGGAUUACAAAGAGCUCCUUGUUGCAUGAAGGCGAAGCUGCUCUGUAUAGAGACUAUCUUCUUUAUCUAUUCAGUAUGAAUCCCAUAAUUCCAACAGACAAAUUGAGGAUGAUAAAUUACGAUGGUCUAAAAUCUAUACUUGUUCCAUUGGCUAUUGAAAGGCGCAUCCUCAAGCACUGGAAGUUCAAAGAGUCUACUGAUUUUAUCUUUAUUAGAAACAACCCAGAAAUAGUGGAUGAACAGGAAAAAGCUUGGUUGGUAAGAUGGAAUAAUAUUAUUAAAUCUUUCGGUGAAAGGAUGCAUGCCCCUACUCCAAGUGGAAAAAGAGCUAAAGUGGUCGAUGGUGCGCGUGGAGGCAAAGAUAAGCCAGUGAAUACAGCAAUGUCGACACUGUCAACUGAGACACUUGAGCAUCUUCCAAAGAUUCUCUUGAAAAUUUUCCAGGAUCAAAAAAUUCGUAGUAUGAACUCAGUUAUCAAUGGAUUAAGGGGCUUGGCAAUCAGUAACUCCUCUCGUCCAAGAGAAGACCCUAGAACUAGAGCGAUCAUCAAUGCUGCUACUAAUGGUGCAUCUGCCCCUGUAACUGAGCUCCAAGCUAUUGUGAGUCAAAUCGCGGUGGAUGUACAUGGUGUAUAUAUUCUGAAAUCUUCUGGAAGUUCGGAUUUCCAUCGAUUAAGAGAUGUUGUCAUUGAUCUUUUCAGGGGCAAAGAACCUAAUGCAAAACUCAAUAAGCAGGAGAUACGCAUAGCUGCUAAAACUCGUCUCCAGAAGGAUAUUACUGAUUCUGACUAUAAUCAGGUAAUACGCGAACUUUGCGAUUCUAGCAAAGGAUCAUGGGUACUGAAAAGUGGAGACCAGUGAUUGAAGAUAUGAUGAUGGAUACUCGGAUGUGAAUAAAAAUAUGGAGACUAACACUUCCUUUUUAGGCAAUUGCUCAGUUUUUAUCAGCCAAGAUGACCACCACACCAUUGCGAGAUGGAACAGUCGAAGUUCAAUGUCACAUCUUGCUUUUGUUUCUGGGUUUUGCAUAUUGUUCGACAACUGGACGCUCGAUGAACUCAGACGAACACUGACUAUUUGAAUUCACCUUUUGGGAAUUCUGCGAUGCGCAAAGGUAACCAAUGCCCUCUUCAUUAUCCGGAUUUGAACUCAAAUCUUUCAAGUUUAACUUGCUUGCCGCCAUUAUACUAAUUAGGUGACCUCUGCAUGGUUUGAACUGAAGAACUUUGAAUGGAACACGAUUAAACUAUUACUUAACCAUUUUACACUAAUUUUGCAUUAGGCUUUCCUGAUCCAUGUUAUUAUCUGGGCAGUGUUUCUAGCUUAACUAAAUCUCGUCCUUCGAAAUUUAAACAAAUAUAAUCUAGAUUUUCUAUUUGAGAAAAUUUUAUGUAGACGCUUAUACUUUGUUAUUGUUUCUUAAAUCUUGAAAUUAUAA